AUGUCCUUCAACUCCUCGCCUCCGCUGCUGAUGCAGCAGCAGCCCUCUGCAGUCCCAUCGUUCAAAGCAUGGGAUGCUUUUGACAAGGCCUGGAUGGCUGUCAAGGGCUACCACGCAGACCAGUUCAAGUUCGUGCCAGGCAAGACUCCGUUCUCAACACUUGAAGAGACGGUGGGCAUGGUAGUUUUGUACCUGCUGGUGAUCUUUGGCGGCCGCGAGUUCAUGAAAAAUCGGGAGCCGCUCAAGCUGAACUUCUUGUUCAAGGUCCACAACUUCAUGCUCACUGCGCUGAGCGGCGGUCUGCUUGUACUAUUCCUCGAGCAGCUCCUCCCAUCGCUGUGGCGCGAUGGUCUCUAUGAGAACAUAUGUGGUGCCGACGGCUGGACGAAGCCUCUCGUGACUUUGUACUAUCUCAACUACAUCACCAAGUACAUUGAGCUGAUUGAUACCGUCUUCUUGAUGGUGAAGAAGAAGCCUUUGACCUUCCUCCAUUGCUAUCACCACCCUGCGACCGCGCUUUUGUGCUACACGCAGCUCAUUGGAAGCACUUCAGUCUCAUGGGUACCAAUCACGCUGAACCUGACAGUUCACGUGGUCAUGUAUUGGUACUACUUCCAGAGCGCGCGUGGUGUCAAGGUAUGGUGGAAGGAGUGGAUCACCAGGAUGCAAAUUGCUCAGUUCAUCAUCGAUCUCGGCUUUGUCUAUUUCGCUUCUUGGGAUUAUUUCGCCAGCGCCCACGCUCCCUGGUUGCCUCAUGUUGGUCGCUGUGCCGGCGAGCCUUACGCGGCAGUCUGUGGAUGCCUGAUCUUGAGCUCGUACCUGGUACUCUUCAUCAUGUUCUACAUCGCGACCUACAAGAAGGCUAGCGCCCGCAAGGCAAAGAAAGGCCAGUCGGUCGACAAGAAGGACGGAGUGUCAGCGGUCAAGCAAAGUGCGACCAAGGUCGCCAGCGGGACGCUUGCGCAUUCCGUCACCCCCAUGGCCGAGAAAUAG